AUGACUGAAUUCGUAGCAAUGUUCUCAAAUCUAACAAAUGACAACCGAACAGGUGAAAAUGUUGAAGACCAAGAUAGAGUCAGGACCGCGACAGUUAGGUUUAAAAACGUUGAUGUCAAUUUAUGGAAUUUAUAUCUAAAUAAUACCAAAAUUUAUGAAAAUUUAACAUGCGAGCACAUGACACAAAUAUUCAAUAAUGAAAAAUUGGACCUAAGUGACUCAAAAUUUAAGUAUUUAACAGAUUCAGUCUUUUUUUCGUGGACCAACUUGACGAAACCUUUAAAAGAUAAAUUUUUAAGUUCCACAAUUUUGUUUCGAGGUCAAAAUGUUAAGCUUAAAGACCUUUAUGCUGUUUAUCCAAAAGCAUUUGAGUCUUUAACUUCUAAACAGAUUAUGACAGUCCUUGAUGGACAUUCUGCAUUGUCUAUAGAAAAAAUUAAGGAAUUGUCGACGAAAUUUUAUGUAAAAAGAAAAUUCAUUCCUGAAAACUCAAUUGUGGCUCAAAUUGAGUACGAAAAAACAGCAUUCGGGGCUAAUAAGUCAUUUAAGUCAUUUUAUGAAUCACGUCCAAAAGCUAACCUAACGGAAAAUUUAAAGAAACACAGGGAAAAUUACGGAAGUCAUGUAGCUAAUUCUGUUGAUAGAAUCAGUGAAUAUGCAGCGAUUGGUAAAUUGAUGGGCUAUAAAGACUUCCAUAAAUCCUUUGAAAAAGACACUGAAGAUUCUCGAAUUUUUGUGCUGUCUUCUGAAGCUGGAGCAGGCAAAACAGUCACAUUUAAGCAUUUAGCGAUAGAAUUAAAGAAGCAACAUCCAACAAAGUGGGUUUCGUACAUAGACUUAAAAGAUCAUGUAACUUGGUAUCAGGAUGAUCUUGUGUCGGGUGGGAUUGAGGAGUUGCUGAAGAAAAUUUUAAAUUUGACGACUGAAAAUGAAUUUGAAAGAAAGAUUUUUGAAGAUUCUUAUAAGGCAGGGCAGGUUGUAUUGCUAUGGAAUGGAUUUGAUGAAAUUUCGCCACUUUAUGAGACUUUUAUCUUAAAAAUAACUAAGAAUGUCCUUGAAAAAACUAAUAAUACUCAAUAUAUCUGCACAAGACCUUCGCACUCGACUCAAUUAAAUGAAAAUUUUAAUGUCGAUUCCCAAAUGCUAGUUCCAUUUAAUGAAGAUGAGCAAAUUGAAUUUCUUAAUGAAUAUUUUAAAGCUAAAAACAUUAAAAAUUCGUCAAUUAUAAAUGAAAUGGUCAGUCGGGUCUUAAAUGUUACCAAAAAAUUAAUCUACAAUGAAAAAAGACAGUACGACACUCCCUUACUCCUGUCGAUGUUUGCUGAAGUUAAAACGGACAAUCCAAAUUUAAUCCAUCAAAAACCGACAUACAGCCACACAUAUCCCAUCAUCCAAAACAUACAAACCUCACACACACACACAGCCAAACGAAAGAAUAAGAAAAGAAUUACAACAGAUGUUUCAGUCGAUGAAGUUCAAAUUACCAGCACAUGUACUGCAUAUGGCAAUCAUCAGUAG